CUUCGUUGUUACAUCGCGGCGUGUGUUGCGUCGCCGUGAGUAGAACCGUCUGUGUAAUAAAGCUGCAGAGCCUCGCUCGUAAUUGUGCAACGAAAAACCUUAGUGAAGUUGGUGUGCCCACUAUGCCGAAAAAUAAAGGUAAAGGAGGUAAAAACAGGCGCAGAGGUAAGAAUGAGAACGAAUCCGAAAAAAGAGAAUUGGUGUUCAAAGAAGACGGACAAGAGUAUGCGCAAGUAAUCAAAAUGCUGGGAAAUGGACGAUUAGAAGCAAUGUGCUUUGAUGGUGUAAAGCGAUUAUGCCAUAUUAGAGGAAAAUUGAGAAAGAAGGUUUGGAUAAAUACCUCAGACAUUAUUUUGAUUGGUCUCCGAGAGUAUCAGGAUAACAAAGCGGACGUAAUUUUAAAAUACAAUGCAGAUGAAGCUAGAAGUCUGAAGGCAUAUGGCGAGCUUCCUGAACAUGCUAAAAUCAAUGAAACAGAUACAUUUGGUCCUGGAGAUGAUGAUGAAAUCCAGUUUGAUGAUAUUGGAGAUGAUGACGAAGACAUUGAUGAUAUCUAAAUUCAGUUUUCAUUUUCUGAAGACAUUAACUGGGAAUUUUGAUCACCAACUUAAGAAGAAUAGAACUUUAUUUACCAUGAGUAUAGUUUAUUAAAGCAAAUUGUCUUAAUUCCAUUGUUUUGUUUUAAUGUAUUUACUGUACUAUAUUUCUUUAAAAAUUGAUGUGGAACCAUCUAAGGCGACAUAUUAAUUCUUUAUUUUUUUAUAUAGUGAGACUUUGAAGUAAAACAUGUUUAGAAAAGAGAAAAAAAAUGCCUUUU